ACUCCAAGAAGUAGCCGGGGCCCGCGCUGCGUGUUGAUACGCCGGAGCACAGGAUUGUUUUGGUUGUUUGUUCUGCUUUUUGUGAAACCCGAAGGAUCGACCGAAGAUGCGCAGGAACCUGUUUACAAGGAAAACGCAGCAAGUUUCAGUCUGAGGGAAUGCGGUGCAGGCUCAAAAUGUACAGGGAUACCAUUACUCAUCCCUCUGUUUUUCUUCUCGCCGGACCACUUUAUCUUGGGAAUAGUUUCAUCAAGGAUCAUUUUUAGGCUCCGUAAUGAGAAACAAGUGUUCGCUAAGUGGAAGACGCGAGGUUGCAGUCCGGUUUCAGAGGAUUAAAACGACCGUCGGUGCUUUUGGAGACGAUCUUUGGUGAAAACAGUUUUGGUUUUGAACCUGUUGUGUUUGUGAUGCGAAACGAGGUAGAGAGUCUUUCUGCUAUGAGGGAUUUAUCUUUUCAGAGAGCCUUAACAGCCUGAAGUUAUUGUUCGACCUUUAGGUAGAAGACAAUACUAGAUCAGCAGCCUCAAUGGCCUGACAACAGACAUUUUCUUUGUGGAUAGAAGUAACCGUUUUAUGUAACUUUUGACAUCUUCUGUGUAAGUGUCCGAUCAUUCAGUUUACAAAGGUCAUCUUGUGCUGUUGCACACCUGAUCCAACAGCUGCCAUGUAAUUUGAGAUGAGUUUAAAUAUUACAGUGAGCUUGUGUCCAAUGUUUCCAAUACAGCAUGCACCGAGACAGUAGCAUCAGUUUAAUCUAGGCACUAUGUGCAUGUAGAGUUUUUUGGUUUAGGACCCGCUGGAGUAUCAAGAUGUCAGUGAAAGCCAAAGCCAUCUACACUUUUGUAAGUGAAAACAAAGAGGAGAUCAGCAUCCAGGAGAACGAGGUUCUGGUGAUCUUUGAUGAGAACUCAGUGGACGGCUGGUUUCAGGGGGUGAACAGUCGAGGGGAGAAGGGUCUCUUCCCUGCAUCCUAUGUGGAAAUUAUUCGCACUCGCUCCAACUCUAACGUGACCGACUGCUCCAUCAGCCCGGCAGGCUCUUUAGGAAAUGACUCCUCCUUCCGCCCGUCCACCCCAAACACCCCUUUUCCGCCAAAUUACUAUUACGACGACGAUGACGAUUGGGACGACUGGGAUGACAGGUCCACCGUGGUGGAUGAUUCUGAUCAUGCUAGGAGCCCCGGAGCCAAUGGACAUGCCCAUCAGAGCCCGCUGUCCAACAACCCCAAUGUGCACUAUCGGGCCAAGACACCAUCCGGACAGGACAGCAUCUCCAGCUCCAGGAAGGGCAGCAUGGUGGGCAGAAACUUGAACAGAUUUUCCAGCUUUGUCCGCUCAGGGGUGGAGGCGUUUGUGCUCGGUGACGUCCCCAUGAUGGCAAAGAUAGCUGAGUCCUACACCAUUGAGAUGGGUCCCCAGGGGCCCCAGUGGAAAGACAACCCACAGCCUUUCUCCUGCUCCAUUGAAGACCCCACCAAACAGACAAAGUUCAAGGGUAUCAAGACCUACAUUUCAUACCGGGUCACGCCGAGCCACACGGGGCGUCCCGUCUACAGACGCUACAAACACUUUGACUGGCUGUACAACCGUUUACUGCACAAGUUCACUGUGAUCUCUGUUCCCCACCUGCCUGAGAAGCAGGCCACGGGGCGGUUUGAGGAAGACUUCAUCGAGAAGCGCAAGAGGCGACUGAUACUGUGGAUGAACCACAUGACCAGUCACCCAGUCCUCUCCCAGUAUGAAGGCUUUGAGCACUUUCUGAUGUGUGCCGACGACAAGCAGUGGAAACUGGGCAAGAGACGGGCAGAGAAGGACGAGAUGGUGGGCGCACAUUUCAUGCUGACACUCCAAAUCCCCAACGAACACCAGGACCUUCAGGACGUUGAGGAGCGGGUCGACAACUUCAAGGCCUUUGCGAAGAAAAUGGACGACAGCGUGAUGCAGCUCACACACGUUGCCUCAGAGCUGGUGCGUAAACACCUGGGUGGAUUCAGGAAGGAGUUCCAGCGGCUGGGAAACGCCUUCCAGUCCAUCAGCCAGGCUUUCAUGCUGGACCCUCCCCAUAGGUCAGAUACCCUCAACAAUGCCAUCUCCCAUACAGGCCGCACCUACGAGAACAUUGGAGAGAUGUUUGCAGACCAGCCUAAGUAUGACCUCUUCCAUAUGCUGGAUAAGUUGUCGCUCUACCAAGGCCUGCUCGCCAACUUCCCUGACAUCAUUCAUCUACAGAAAGGCGCCUUUGCCAAGGUGAAGGAGAGCCAGCGGAUGAGCGAUGAAGGGAAGAUGGACCAGGACGAGGCCGACGGCAUCAGGAAACGCUGCCGGACUGUGGGGUUUGCCCUCCAAGCAGAAAUGAGCCACUUCCAUCAGCAGCGAGAGGUGGACUUCAAAGACAUGAUGCAGGCCUACCUCAGGGAGCAGAUAGCCUUUUACCAGCGUGUUGUCCAGCAACUGGAGCGCACCCUGCGCAUGUACGACUGUAUGUAAAGACACCAAACUGCUUUCUGGGUCAAGAUGCCAAAAAACAAAAAAAAAACAAACGAAGAAAAGGAAGAUGUAGUGGAAUAUUCAAGUCUUGACUCUUUCAUCGAGGCGUUUUAUUCAGUUUGAAAAGACUUCAGAUGGAUUAAGGGUUAGUUACUGGAAAGACGUUUAAAGCCAGUCAGUCUUUCACUUUGAUGGAUUCAAAGUCCGAUUUCCUGUUGUUUUUUUGUUUUUUUUAAAGAACCUACUGUAUCUUUUAUUUCUGAAAUACACAUCACAUAAGCAAUGUCACAGCAUAUUGUUUAUUUUACAUAAUUUAAGGUGUUUGUAACUUUAAGAGUAUAGGUUUCAAAUUCAUAGUGGAUCUAUAGGUGAUUGCUCUAUAGUGUAACACAUUAAAGCCAUGAAACGGGUUCUGUUUUGAAAAUGUCCCCUUCUCUCCAACAUCAUGCACUUUGGCUUCUCCAGGAAUUGAUUCCAGUUACACCCAAAUUCCUAGAGAACAACACAUUAUUUUCUGGUUAUUUAAGAACCUAUAAUAAACAUUCCAGGUGUUUUUUUUUUUUAAAUUCAGUCUUUUUUGGGUAUUAUCAGUCAGUCAAUUUUUUAAUCAGACCAUUCUGGCCAAACAAGUGCACUGUACACUAAAGUAGAAUUUAACCAUCAUCUUGUUGAGUGCUCAUCUAGCUCAGGUGUUCACUUCUUUGAACUUCAUGUUAGUUGUUACAAGUCACAAAUGCCUGUCGUAUCUUUGCACCACAUCAAAGUCUUACUGAUAAUGUGUAAUUCAGUUUAUUGAGUUCAUUUUCUUACUUUUUUUUUUAUUUUUAUUUUUUAAAGCAGUACAUGCCUUUAAGGCUCUGCAGCAUUUUGGUGGAAUAUUUUCAAGUGGACCAUUUGUCUGUAGUAUGGCUUGUGUUUUUAUACGGUGACUUGUUGGAAUGAGCUGACUUGAGACAAGUUUGCACACGUUUUUAUAUACUAUUUGGUCAUAGUCAGUGGGAGUGUUUAUGUUGUGUGGGUGAACGAGUGGAACGAGUCAAGCGCCGUGCAGAUCAAUUCCCUUUUCCAUGGUGGAAAUAAACCACAAAUACGUGUCUUUAUAUGUAGCAGCAGGUUUCUCUGUAUGUUUUAUUUGAAAGUGUGAGAGUUGAAGCAGAUCAUGUAGUUGUGUGAGGCAGAACGUCAACUUCAAUCAUGUAGAAGACACAAGACCAAAUUCUUCCUUCUACAUUACUGCAGUUUUGUGUUUAAUGUACUCUGGGUCGAGCAUUUGAAAACAGCUAAUGAACAAGAGUACAGAUUUUUCAGAUCGUCUCAAUUCUACAGACUAAUAAAAUAGUAACAUAAAGGAAUACACAUCUGUGCUUUCUUCCAUGAGUUGGAUGAAAUGACUAAUACCACUCAUGUCUGACCAUGUGUACAUAUGAAGGUGCAGCUAACAGAUUGUUAGCUUAGCGCAGCUCAAAGAGGGAAAACAGGGUGGAACUGCUGGUCUGGCUACUGCUAACAAAACUCAACUUUCGGCUUGUCACUCACUAGUUUAAAAUGCUCUAUUUUAUUAGUUUAAUCUACAAAAAAACCAAUGGGUCACAUGUAGGUAUUCCAUACUUAGCACUACUGCUAAGCAUGCACACUACUGUACUUGUAGAAUAGUUGUUGUGUGGACUGCCUGUGCAAAAACAAAUCUGGACCAAUAUCCAAAACGGUUCACAUGGACAAAAUUUACGAAUCCUAGUGUACAUUUGCGUAUUUAGGAAUACCUGGGCUUGUGCAAACUCGGUUAAAGAAUGCCUGACAGCCUUGGAAGUGACACGAAUAGAGCAAACGUCCAACAACGUGAAGCUAAAAGCCAUGCUGCGGACCUUGAGGCCCAAAGCUGCUGUAACAACAUCCGCAUCUUCUCUGGCCUGAUACUUCAGCUUUACGUCAAAACAAGGCCUUGUGGGUUUUUUUAAACCUUGUGUUUUUUUUUUUAAAGAUUAGAAGCGCUUUAGUUUGCUUUAGACAUAGCCAGACUAGCUGUUUCCCUGUGUUUCCAGUUUUUAUGCUAAGCUAAACCAAAGUCAUUCUGGAGCAAAACUCUCCACCCGGCAGCCAUCUUGGUGAAGCCUCUGGGCUAUUCUUUUGGGCUAACAAGACCAGAUCCCUGUCCAACCAAAUACAAUAAGAGCCACAACUGCAAUUUUAAGGAUCACUGCCACAUAGAAAACUACAUGUAUAGCAUCAGUGCAGCAACGUGAUUGUAGAAGGAGCAGCAGUUAUAAAGUAGAUGAUUUGUUGUUUUAAGGGACGGGUGUGGCAUGUGUCAUACAACUGCCAUGUUCGGUGUUAUGGAAUUCUGUCGUUCAUUUCUUUUUGAGAUUCUUUAUGUGUUGAGUCUCUUCUAACUUAUAACGUAUUCGACUCAACUAAACAGCUGGCUGUAAGUGACUGUUCUUUCAUCUAACUUUCUCCAAAUGUCAAACUAUUCCUUUAAAAUAAUCCAUGUACCGUAUAGUUUUUCCAGCUGCGAUUAUAAAGUGCCACUUUCUACCCGUCGUUAAGAAAUUUCCACAUUCAGAGUGCAAAAUUUUCCACACUUAAUAGGAUUUGAGUGACUAUGAGAAUUCGAGUUCCACGUCUCUCCGCCUGAGCGAGAGGAGCCGCUCAAGUAACAUUACUCAUCCGGUUUAACAAGAGAAAAAAUUUCAUGGCAACCUGCGGUUUAGACGAGACUAUCUUUAGCGUCGUGUCGCCCGUCGACGUUUAUGUGGACCCUGCGCUGCAGUUACAAGCAUUACCUCAACAAGUGUAGGGAAUGUUUUUGUAAGCUUCUCCUCAAGCAAGUUCCACUGUCAGUUUGUGAUACACAGAUUCCUCAUCGGGAUGGAAGAGGGUUUGAUCUCUCGGCGGUGUGUUUGGGUGAAAAGUGGAAUGAAUAAUUUUUUUUUGUGAAAUCUAUGUGGUGAUCUUCAGCCUGUUAGAACUUUAUUAUGAGUCUCCCAUAACGAAAAUGAAAAAAAAAGUGCUGACUCAGCGUGCAGGUUUCUCAGUAAACAAAUGGUCUGUGCGUGUGUGUGUGUUUGUGUUUGUGUGACUCAGAUCUGAGUGCCGUGUCAGUUCCUGGUACUGUUCAGUCCACAUCUGCAGCCUUUAACUCUUUGCUGUCAAAAUGCAAUGCUGUUUAUGUUUGUUUAUUUUUGAAUCAACCAUUGCUUUUCAUGCCUACAUUUUUUUUUUUUUUACAUUCGUUUUUUAAAAUUUCUGUCAGCACCUGUGCCCAUUGCAGUCUCCCUCCCCCUUCAAGACCAAAGAAGUCUGAGAUUUUUCUGCUGCUCUACUUGGUUUGGUUGUGAAAUGAAAUGUGCUCUCUGGUUUUGUAAUUGAGUCUGUUCUGCUCUGAGGAAAAUGUGAAGAGAGCAUUUGGAAAAAAAAAAAAACUUACAAAAAAAAAAAACAUUCCACAAAGAAACUAUCAUGGACACCAAAGGCUAAGACAGAUUUUUGGCUACAGAAAGACGUGCAAGGUGCAAAAGGGAGGAAGAAAAACCAUUAGAAUUGGAUUGGUUUCAUUAUGACACUUUCCUCUCAUGUUCCAAAGCUGCGUGAUAAGUUAAAUGCCAGGCAUUUCACACAGGUGACUGUUUCUUAACACGGAUGUGUGACUUAGUGAGUUGCAGGAGCUCUGUGCUUUAGCUUCUGUCUCUGAAAUAACAGAUGGUGAUUUUCAGUAAGUAAUUUGUCACUUGAUUUAAGGGAAGGGGACGUAUAAUUCUUAAUAAAAAAAAAAAAGUACUGAUGGUGA